UUGAUUUUGAAGGAAAAAAAAAAUUAUUUUGUAAUUGAGUAUACAGGUGUAUACAAAAUUCUACUUAGGUAACCUCACUAUGAUACUCACAGCUUAACAUGGCAAACAGCCACAAGUAUCAUAUGCUUAAUCGAAUCGAGUAAACCAACUCCAUCAUGUCAUUGCUUAUCUUUUCUGUGCAGAUUAGUGAUCAGCAUUACCUUCAGCAAAUGCUCAACCCCAAACUGCCCCAACUGCAGAGAGCCAUAUGCGUCUGUUGCUCUAAUGGGCAAAAAAGUGCUUAAAGAAAUAUGGGGCAAAUCAGAUUUGGCGUGUGCUGUGUGUUCUCUACAAAAACAACUUAUCAAUGGCAUGAGCUGCAGAUAUAUGUGGAAUCAAAACAGGGUAAAGCAAACAGAACAAAGGAUAGUGAAGAGGAGGCUAUCAACAGGAAUAUGCGCAUUCACAAGUCUUCCAGUCGAAACAUGUUGCGUUGUACAGCUGCCAAUAUUUGGAAUGACACAGUGCCUUGCAGUCGUUGGGGUUGCAAGAUUUUACUGGUCCUAUGCUCAUAUCAAACUUGUCAUAGCACGUUACCUCUCUACAACUCACUCCACCUGCAACGUUUAGUAGUCACAUUUAUGUAUAAUUUUUCAUAUAAUUUCCACAGAGUGAGAGAGAGAGAGAGAGAGAGAGAGAGAGAGAGAGUCUACCUGCUGAGAUGGCAAAGAAAAGCACAAGCAUGAAAGAGAGAGCAAUGGCUUUCUUCAUAUUGUGAACAAUGGUCUUACAGAAACUUGAAAUGAGAUUAGAUUCUGGUGCUGGUGCUGGUACUGUGCAUAAUUGAGUACAUGAUCUACUUAUUUAUUGGUGAAGGGUUGGCCUUAUCAAAUAGCUUUUUGAAUGAGUUUGGAUUGAGAAAAAUCAGAC